AUAAAUGGUGAAUUGCCCUUAGAUUAGCAAUGAAAUUGGGUAUAUCAUUAAAUUGUUGGCAUUGACUUUAGUUAUUCCAAGCAACUUAAAUGGCUCAUUGAUUUUCCCUCUUGGGAACCUUCCUUGCAGCUUGCAGGUGUCAAACCAUGGCUUCCUACAACCAGCAAAGGCACAAAGCUGACAAAAAGGAGUUUUGAAACCCUAAAUCUGGAGCAGCCGAGUUGGGAAGAUCUAUCUAUCCUUGACUACAACAUGAAUAUAAAUCCUGCAUUCCCAAAAUUUAACCAAUCCUCUCAGUCGUCGCCUUUCCUUGUUGCCAAUUCUGGUAACCCGGAUAAAAUUCUGAAACAAGAUGGGGAUGAAAUGAGUCAAAUGCCCGAUGAAGGUAAUUGGGAUCCUAGAACAAUGCUCAACAAUCUAUCUUUCUUGGAACAAAAAAUUCACCAACUUCAAGAGCUUGUUCAUAUGAUCGCUGGACAAAGGGCUCAAGUUCCCGGCAACCAAGACGAGCUCGUUAUUCAGCAGCAGCAGCAGCUAAUCACGAGCGAUGUUACUUCCAUUAUCGUCCAGUUAAUAUCUACCGCUGGCAGUCUUCUUCCGUCAAUGAAGCACAACCUUUCUGCUGUCACUCCCGGCUUGCAAUUAAAUAGGGUUCUUUUUCCUUCAGCGGAAAAUGUCAGCACCGGAUUAAUGUCACAAAACAAUGUAGGGCAAGGACAGCAAAUUGUUGCCGAGGUUCAACCCGUGGAGAAUCCAAAGCCGGUGGAUGUAAUGGCGAAUUGUGCGACUGAAAUGAACUGCAACAUGGAAGAAGAUCAUCAUGAUCAUGAACUGAAAGAAGACGACGAGGGUAAGGAAGAAGAGCACCUUCCUCCCGGAUCAUACGAAAUCUUGCAAUUAGAAAAGGAAGAAAUUCUCGCACCUCAUACGCACUUUUGUACCAUAUGCGGAAAGGGGUUCAAAAGAGAUGCUAAUUUGAGGAUGCACAUGAGAGGUCACGGAGACGAGUACAAAACUCCGGCUGCUCUGGCGAAACCUAAUAAGGAAUCUAGCUCGGAAAAGGUUCUUCUAAAGCGGUAUUCCUGCCCGUUUAUCGGGUGCAAGAGGAAUAAGGAGCAUAAGAAAUUUCAGCCUCUAAAAACUAUUUUGUGUGUGAAAAAUCAUUACAAAAGAACUCAUUGUGAUAAGAGCUAUACUUGUAGCCGAUGCCAUACCAAGAAAUUUUCGGUUAUUGCUGAUCUGAAGACCCAUGAAAAGCAUUGUGGCAGGGACAAAUGGCUGUGUUCUUGUGGCACAACCUUCUCUCGGAAAGACAAACUUUUCGGGCAUAUCGCACUUUUCCAGGGCCAUACUCCCGCCAUUCCUUGCGAGGAGCAUAAAGGAACAUCAGGGCCUUCAAAUCUUGUAGAAAGCUGCGAGACCGCCAAUAAUGCUCCAAAUAUGGGAUUUAGCUUUGGGUCGAGUGUUGCUAACGUAAAUGUUGCCCCGACUGUAAUGGAUACGAGGGUGAAUAUCGAAGAUUCUCUCUUCUCUUUGCUAAACUACGACUAUAGUCUUAAUGGGCUUCAAGAUUUCCCGCAAACUGCUUUUGACGAUACAGCAAAUUCAUUCUCGUUCCUUAUUCCCGGAGAAAAGGAUGACAUGCUAUGCGUAAGUAACGAUGUUGAUUAGUAUUUGAUUCGCCUUAAAUAUUUUUUUUGUGCAGAGGAGCUUCGAUCAUCCUGACUGGAAUCGAAAUUGGAUGUACUCGAGCUCCUGUAAUUUCUUAGCUUGAAUAAAGGCUUUCUAUAUGAUUAUUGCACAUUAAAGUAA